CGUCUGUUCCAGGCCAUCGGCGCUGGGAGCUUUGAAUUCCCCUCCAAAUCGAGAGCGAGAGAGAAGAAUCGGAGAUGUCGGGGCGAGGCAAGGGAGGCAAGGGAUUGGGGAAGGGCGGGGCGAAGAGGCACCGCAAGGUCCUCCGCGAUAACAUUCAGGGCAUUACGAAGCCCGCCAUUCGCCGCCUGGCCCGCCGCGGCGGCGUCAAGCGCAUCAGCGGCCUCAUCUACGAGGAGACGCGCGGCGUCCUCAAGGUCUUUCUCGAGAACGUCAUCCGCGACGCUGUCACCUAUACCGAGCACGCCCGCCGGAAGACGGUCACCGCCAUGGACGUCGUCUACGCCCUCAAGCGCCAGGGCCGAACCCUCUACGGCUUCGGCGGUUAAAGGAAGAAAGAAGAAUUCGCAUCAGCGAUUCACUAAUUUUCUAGGGUUAGGGUGAGGGUUUUCUCGCCUGCUGUUGUUUCCUCUUUUUUUGAUUUUAAAAAGAAUAUUGGUGCAUCAGCGAUUCUCAUGAAUGUUGUCGCUAUUUCAUCUGAAUGUAAGUUUAGGGUAUUAGAUUAAGUACUAGAAAUGGUUACAAUUUACUCAGUUUUUUUACUUCACUUUUCCUCA